CUAUUUCUUUCUCUGCAUUUAGGGUUUUGAUUUGUGAGAUUUGUGCGAUUGCCUAUAAUACUGUCUAGGUUUUUUUUAGAAGUCGGUAUUGUUUAAAGAGUAUUUGAUUUCGGUAUUGUCCGUAAAACCCAUAAUGCCGUUAAGUGCGCGCGCUUGUUUUUAAGUUUGGUUGAUUUGGGAAUUUGAUGUGGGUUUUGCUUGAAUGGUUGAAUAGCUUUCGAUUAUCAUGUAAACUGUCUAUUUAGUCACGGCUUACCAAACAGUAGACUUAGUGCCGACUUGGUGUUUAACCAGAGGAUAUUUGGAUGUGAGGGGGAAGGAGUUAUUGUUAAUAUUGUACCUUAUUUAUUUUACUGGUCUCAAACAGUAAUCAUGGGUCUAGAGCUAUAGGUCAACGACUGUGAAUGAUGAUUUUGGGAAACAUCUAUUACAAGUACGGUUUUUUUAAUAUGUUCAGGAAGAGUUUUUAUUGUUUCUUUGCUGGAUUGGUGAAUUUCAUGGUAAUCAUAAUGUUCCAAUGCAUGUCGUUUCAAAGAAAUAAUGUUCCAAUGCAUGCAAUGCAGGAAAUGACUUUUGUACUCUUUUUCCCUUUCCCCUUGUUAUGCAUUGUUUUGAGUUUUUCAGAUUGGAGCAUUAAUCAGGAGUAUUACUCCAAGUAGUACAACUUGUGUGUAUUUAUAUGCAUUAAGUUUGAAGAAGUCACACCUGUUUCUUCGUCCUGAAUAUUUAAUGAGACGUUGGGUUAACAAAUGGAAUCCACAAAGCUGGAAAGUGCAUCAUUGUCAGAAACCUUCCCAUGAUAAAAUUCUUAAUGUCUCUGUAAUAUACCAAUUACGUGAGCCUGGAGACAUUUAUCUCCAUCCCUUACCCUGGACAUCAUAUAUACAACAUUGCAGUAAUUAGCGAAAAUGGCAAGCGCUUGGACAAAUAUGAGCUUUGCAAUCAUACAUAGGGAUAUAGAGAGGGAGUGGGAGAAUCAUUUUGGAGUUAUGGGUAUUAUUUUUUAUUAUUGGAGAUUCUUGCUCACUCUCAGAAGAUCUAUACAUCUGCUAAAAUUCUGGAGAGGAUGAGGAGAUCAAAUUUUAUUUCAAUAUAAAUAUUGCUUUGGAGCAUCUUGGAGCAAAUGAGCAAUGGAGCUUGUGGAGCACGGCUCACCUCGAGGAUUGCUCUCUUGUAAAAAAUUUGCAGCCGGAGUCUUCUGUUGUCAAAUAUGAGCGGUCGAUUUUCUCGCACAAUCUACGUUGGCAACCUACCCUCAGAUAUAAGAGAAUCUGAGGUUGAAGAAUUAUUCUAUAAGUAUGGCCGCGUAGUGGAUAUUGAAUUGAAGAUUCCACCUCGCCCUCCAUGUUAUUCGUUUGUUGAGUUUGAGAGUUCUCGUGAUGCAGAAGAUGCAAUCAGAGGGCGUGAUGGGUAUAACUUUGACGGUUGCCGUUUAAGGGUUGAGCUUGCCCAUGGUGGUAGGGGCCCAUCUUCAAGUGAUCGUCGUGGUGGAUAUGACAGAGGCAGCAGUGGUGGAGGCAGCGGUGGCGGUCGCUUUGGUGCUUCUCGUCAUUCUGAAUAUAGGGUUAUUGUUCGUGGCCUCCCGUCUUCUGCUUCAUGGCAAGACUUGAAGGAUCAUAUGCGAAAAGCUGGUGAUGUGUGUUUUGCUGAGGUUUCUCGCGACAGCGAAGGGACUUAUGGUCUAGUUGAUUAUACCAAUUCUGAUGACAUGAAAUAUGCUAUUCGGAAACUUGAUGAUACAGAAUUUAAAAAUCCUUGGACAAGAUCUUAUAUUCGGGUUAAAUUGUAUGCGAGCAGUCCAUCAAGGAGCCGGAGUAGAAGUCGUAGCAGAAGCAGAAGUGUGAGAAGGAAUCGGAGUAAGUCGCGGGAGCGAUCCGUCUCAAGAUCAGUAUCAAGAUCUAGGUCUGCAUCACCUGUCAAAUCCGCCAGGCCAAGAUCAAGGUCAGGGUCAGAAUCUCCCCGUCCGGUGCGGUCGGGUAGCGGAUGAUCCUGUGGCAAGUCAUCCUCACGGCGUCCUUGAUGUUAGAUGCAAAGAUUUUUCGUAAUUAAGAAACCUUAAUUGGCUUAUUAUGGCCAGUAUGUGUGGUUUUGAUAAUGCCUAGUGAUUAUACUUUUGAAUAGUUAUUACGUUUGUUGUUCUCGAGAGUACUAGGAGUUUUAUCGUUUGGUUUUUUCUUAUUUGGUCGUUUUGAUUCGAUGUGCCUGAAAGAAUACGUAACCUAUUGGUAUGAAGGUUGUGACGCUAAAUUUAUUUUAAGCUAUACCAUUUUGGAACCUA